UCUCGCUGUUACGGCAUAUGUUAGGCGUUACAAAUUCUUGUUUCAAUUAAUCGCGAAUGAUACUUUUAAAUACCUUCCAGAACAAUAAUAGCCAAUAGCCAAUAGCCCAUAGCCAAUACAGAAAGCAAUUGAUUUGUCUGACGUCGCGAGAACCGAAAAAAGUGCCUUGAAGUCAAAUGUGUAUUGUGUAACUGCUUAAAAGAUGAGGCAACCAACAGACUGCGGGGAAAUUCUGAUCAUAUAAUUUCUUAAAAACUAAUCUACAUACGUCAAAAGGCACAAAACGGAACAGAGAAAAGACAGCAGUAACGAAAAUAGCAAAGGAGAGUUUGUUGCCAGAAAAACAUCUAGCGAUAGAGAGAGGGUUAAAUUAAACAUUUAAAUACCAAACCAAACCAUGUACACCAUCAACAAGGGACCCAGCAAAAUUGUUGCUAAAACGCGACGCGGUCUGUCCCAAAACUUUGAAAAAUUCGAAAGCAUCAAGGAGAGCAGCAAGAAGAACGGCAGCUUCGAUCUGAACAGUCCCUCCGAGGAGCACAAUAUCCCGCGUCCGUUCUUUCAACAGAGUGCCUCAAAACGGAUAACACCCACAAAGCUGAUCGAGGAUGAGGUGAUAACCCCGCAGCAUGAAGAAAUCAUACGCUAUAUAAAUGACUCAUGGAACAUGUUAGUUGCACCAAAUCCCUAUGAUUCGAGUACAGCGGGCAAGCCCUCCGAGAAACCAGUGGCUGAUGCUAACAAUAACAAUGCCACUAAUCCUGUGGAAUUUAUCAUCGCCAAUAAACCAUUUACCACCUCCGCAUCGGCGGCUGUUUGGGUAGAACCACCUAGCCCAGCGCUGCAAGACUUUAAGCCCUUCGAUCUGGAAUCCUGGUGGGGUCGUCGCUUGUUCCAAAACAUUACCAAGAGCCUCUAAUUAGUAGCGGUGAGCGGGUUAUGUAGGGCUUUCUGAGAUACUAAUUCAUAGUUAGCCAGUGCUUCCUUUUAUACUUUCUGAUAGGAAAAUCACAUUAGAUAUAAGAGAGCGUGUUGUGCGUUUAGUCGAUAAUAAAUAUAAUUUUGUUUGAUAACGAUUAGGUAAUAUUUCGUCUAAGGUUUAGUUUUCUCUUUUAUUAACAUGUUAAGGAAGUUAAUAAGUCGUUGCCACUGUUGGCCAAUGAAUGUACAUAUUUUUGUGCAAUAGGUUUUGUAAAAUAUGUAGCAAACGCUUGGCAGUUUCAAGCAUAAUUUAUGAAAAUUAUUUCAACUUAUAUUCAUCAGAUAGAUGAGCUACAUUUGUUGUCGGUGACCAGUGUGAUUAAAGUGGGCAAAGUGUAUGCUCUACGGUUACACUCUUUUGUGUUUGUUUAGGCGUUUCGCAGACCUGUAUUGAGUUCCAAAAAAAAGGCCAUUUGAUACAUACUAAAAAAGCAAACGAUGUUAUAUUCCCAUUUCGAGCGGAACAUAUAAAUAUUCUAUCUUUCGUCGUCAAAAAGGCACAUAUGUACAUACACACUUACCUUAAAAAUGGAAGGAAACUAGUGAAAGCCAGCUACAAAAGUGCAAUAAUGAAGACAAUUUAUUUUAAUUAAGGCAGUCGAAUGGAUAUUAUUAUUUAUUAAUUUAAUACUCGGUAUAUACUCAUAUUAAUCAUUUAAAAGGAGAUGAAAACCAUGUAGAUUGCAUAUCUGUUUUGCAGAACAGCUAUUACAAACAG